AUGGAUUAUACAGCCACUGGCUCGACUUAUGGGAGGGCGUGCAUAAAUUGUGCUCGUAACAAAAGCAAAUGUGUAGUUCAAGAUGUACUAGGAGCUAAAUGUGAGAGAUGUCAUCGUCUAAGCAAAGAAUGCCGUCCUGCACCGACAACUCGACGUCGAAAUUAUAGAAAGCCUAUUGCCUCCAAGACCACCCAAUUGGAGGAGAAAAUUGAUGGAUUAAUGUCAAUAUUUAAUUCACAGCCAGCUUUAAGUAGUUUUGGAGAUAGCCAGACCAAUAUCAUUUUCCCGAAUCAGGAUUCUCGCAACGGUUUACCAUCAUAUGGUACAAGUUCACCUCCAUCCACAAGAAGCGGCAGCAUUGCGUUUACAAAAGUUGCAGGUCAAGCGUUGACCCCCGGAACAAGCAGUUUUACCUCUAAUGCAAACUCGCCCGCAGACGUUUUUGCUUUUUCUCAUGAGCCAACUUCAUUGGAGGCCGAAGAGUAUUUGAAUGUCUUUCGUUCCCAACAAUUGAAGUACUUUCCCUUCGUUCAUAUUCCGUAUGAGACCAGCGCGGAUCAGCUCCAACAAAAAUACCCUUUCCUCUGGCUCUGUAUCAUGUCGAUCUCGUCCAAAAGUGUUCUCCAGCAGCAGGCACUGAGUAGACAGAUUAAAACCACAGUCGCACAGCGGUUGCUGCAUGAGUCAGAAUGCAGUAUUGAUAUUCUUCUUGGGCUUUUGGCCUUCAUUGGCUGGUCAAACCUGCAAGUGCACAGCAAGGUCAACUUAUCGCUUUAUGCACAAUUAGCGGAAACCAUGAUUUUCGACCUUAGUCUCAACAAACCAAAACCGAAGAGCGACCAAUUGGUUCUUUGUACAUCUUCUCAAACUUAUUACAAACCUCUGCCACGAAGUAUGGAAGAACGACGCGCUGUACUGGGGUGCUUUCUCAUAACGUCUAUUAUCUCAUCAUUUGUCCAGAAAAUUGACGCCCUUCGCUGGAAUCCGCACAUGGACGAGUGCCUCCAGGUUUUAAGUGCGCAGCCAGAAUGCGCAAACGACGAGACAUUGGUAAAGCUGGUUCAAUUACAACUAGUCGUAGAAAAAGUGGGUUACUGGCAGGAAGAGAUGGAAAACGACAUUGAGCAUUCAAAAAUGCCACCAACUUUUUUCAUCGCAUCACUAACAUCACAGCUUGAAGAAAUUGGAGCGAAAACUUCCUUUCCGCCUCAUGCAAGUGAGCUACUGGCAGCUCAUUUUCACAGCACAAGCCUGGCCAUUAACGAAACAGCCAUGCUCCCACUACCGGUCACAUCAAUCAAUUCAAAUUCCGGCCACAUAGAACGUCUAUACGCAUGUCUUAAUUCAGUCAAAUCCUGGUUCGAUGUCUUUUUCACUAUACCGCCUAGUGACUACAUCGGGUUUCCUUAUUCGAUUUUCUCUCAACUUUCACACUCUCUAAUCACAUUGUACAGACUUUCGUCCCUCAAUGAUCCCUUCUGGCCUAAGACAGAAGUGCGAAAGACAGCCAAUGUACUGUUAAUCUUGGAUACGGUGAUAGAAAAUCUUAGUCAGGUGGCUUCACUGGCUGGGCUGAACAGUAAAGAUGCCGGCGACGAUGUUUUCACCAAAACCUCUAGGAGGUUCAGAUCCGUCAGAGUUGGAUGGGAGGCAAGACUGGAUGCGGAUAUUAUGAUGGCUGCUGCAACCCUCACCUCAAAUUCUGACGGCGCCCUCCCAUACGAUCUAUCAAUGGAUUUUCCCGAAGAUGAGUGGCCAGCAGACGACUGGCUCACAGACAUACUCACGUCUAUGAGGACGUGA